AUGGCUGUUGAUGUCUUUGCUGUUCCCGUUUUCCUUGUUGUCUUUCGAGAGACUCUCGAGACAGUCAUUAUCGUCUCCGUUCUGCUUGCUUUCUUGAAGCAGACCCUAGAUGGACCCAAUGGCGAUGUCAAAGUGUACAAGCAAUUAAGACGCCAGGUCUGGCUCGGAACGGGUAUUGGCUUCUUCAUUUGCAUGGUAGUCGCCGCCGCUCUCAUCGGUGUUUUCUACACUGUUGGUAGUAACUCUUGGGAAAAACACGAGUACUACUAUGAAGGCGCAUUCUGCCUCUUUGCUUCUCUCAUCAUCUCCGUUAUGGGCGCUGCUCUUCUUCGUAUUGGUAAGAUGCAGUCCAAGUGGCGGGUCAAGUUGGCAAAGGCUCUUGAAUCUCCUAUCAAAACCGGAGACAAGGGCUGGUUCAAGCAGUUCGUUGAGAAAUACGCCAUGUUUGUCCUGCCAUUUGUAACUGUUCUUCGAGAGGGCAUCGAGGCUGUUGUCUUCGUCGCUGGUGUGUCUUUCUCAGCUUCGGCCAAAUCCAUUCCCUUGCCUACUGUCGUCGGUCUCUUCGCUGGCUGCUGUGUUGGGUACCUCUUGUACAAAGGUGGCGCGAGUACCAAACUCCAAUUCUUCCUCGUCCUGUCGACCUGUCUGCUCUACCUCGUCGGCGCAGGUCUUUUCUCGCGGUCUGUCUGGAGUUUCGAGAUGGCCAGAUGGAACGAGUACAUUGGUGGUGAAGCAGAUGAAUUCGGUAACGGACCCGGCUCCUAUGAUAUUGAUCAGAGUGUUUGGCACGUCAACUGUUGCACUUCCACCGACUCAAUUCAGAAUGGCUGGGGUAUCUUCAACGCCAUCCUAGGUUGGACGAACUCGGCUACAUAUGGUUCUGUCAUCUCAUAUAACCUAUACUGGAUUUGCGUUAUGACUGGCUUUCUCCUCAUGCGCUUCAAGGAGACACAUGGCAGACUGCCUUUUGGAAAGGCAAAGGCUCCUGCUAACGCCGUUGAUGAUGCUGAGAGCCACGCAACCUCGUCUCCAAAGAACGGUUCCACCGAGAAGACAACAACCGCAUAA